AUGCCCAGGUACCAGCACACAGAUCAGAAAAUUGAACAUAUAAGCAUCCCAGAAGCCACGCUCCUGCCUCCCCCCAAAGAUAAAAACGAUCAUCCUAACUUAAAAGUCUCUAAGGAGGAGAAAGGCCAGUUUCUCAUUCAAACUCGCCUCAAGUUCACCUGCACUCGGCCUGGAGAGUCCAUAGUUACAGGUGUGGAACCUGUUCUUCCGAGCCUUCGCCUGGCCAUUCACUCUGGAUCUGCUAACUCCCCUGUCGGGCCACACUGGGACAACGUCACCUUCGGAGAUUUGCAAGUUAUUUUUCCAAAAUUCAAGGAUAGACAAAAACCUAGAACGCCUUUUGCAAAAUUCUUUACAGCGAUGACUGAAACCAUGCUUCAUCCUGGCAAAGACACACCAGAGGAAGAGUGGCACUUGAAUUCAGAAACUGAACAACCCCAGUGUGGUCCCAGGAACAGCAAGUCCAACAAUGUCCCCUGGAAGCUUCCGGCAAUAGGGGCUCUUAGCUGCAUAGGAAAGAUGGAGCCACCCUGCCCAGAGGUGCAGAUAAGAGGCUGUGGGGCAUCUCCUCGGUUCUCUGUGAGGAGUCUGUCAAAGAAGCACUGCGAGAACCAGGAGAAUCUUCUCCACUCUGACCAGCAAGCCCCAGACCACAUCUCUACGUCUCCCACUUACAGGAGAUUAAGGGGCAAUGUCUGUGGAGAAGUGCUCACCUGGAAGGAGCCUGGAAGCCAGCAGGAGCCUGCAGGCUCUCCAUGUUACCUCUCCAAGAGUCCGCCUGGAAGCCCAAAGAAUUCUUCACAUUCUCUAUCGCCCUUGAGACUCCAACCAAGAUUCCCUCCAGAUCCCCAAAGGUCCUCAACACAACUGCACAGUUUCUGUGAGCAUAGGCAGAGUUUUGCAUUGCUCAACUUCCCUGGACUUGAGGUGUUCCCGGGGAACAUUCCGGUGUCAGAUGUAGCUGCAGAUUACCUGUUCCACCCCCUUCUGCUACCGAAUUCAGAAUCCAAAAGGCCAAGAUGGUGUUUCUCCCAGAGAGGCACGGAGAGUGGCAAAGACAAAUACAGGCACAUACCUGACCUGGCGAACUGCCUGUCCUCAGUGAAAAUUACAGACUUCAGGGACUGUGAGUUCCACUGCCUCCUGGAUAAAACCUGGAAUGAAAUCAUGGAAACAUAUCAAAAACUUCCUACCAAUUAAUUAGACUUGAGAAAGCAGCAAGUAGCUGUGUUGGAAGUCUUCACGGGUGAAUGCAUUGAUUCCUUGGACCAUUUUAUCAUAAUGUGCAUUGCAUUUUCUAAAAAGAUCUUCAUGAAUACACUAAAAUAUCUACAAACUCAUGAAUAUCUUCUGGAUGUAGAUUUAUAGAGACUUUUUGCAAACCUAGAAGAGUUAAGUCAGACAAGCUUCAAUUUUGUAAACAGUGUUUUUGGCAUCAUCAAGGACUAUGCUGAGCCUUCUGAGACCUCACUACUGAUGGAUUUCAUCUCCAUGCUCACAAAGUUCUUCUUCUAACGAGGCAGCCUCUGUCAGAGCCACCAGACCUACUGCCUGAAUUACUUAGUCACUGUCUUUUAUCUCGAGAGCCUGAGGCAAAGAGAUGACUUUGGGAUUUAUUUAAAGUGGUGUGAGCAAAAUGAACAGUGAGGACGGCUCCACCUGCCUGAGCUGCUGGUGGCCCCACUGGACAGGUGGGGUGACUCGACCUUGUUGCUGAAGAAUGUCUGGAAAUGGAGUAGAGACUCUAUGGAGAAAAUCAUGAUCUACAGCAUCAAGGAAAAGAUGGAAAGGUCAAUCAGGAUCCUUGAAGGAAAAGUGAAGUGGCUUGACAAUUGCCAAAAAUGUAGACAUCUACGGAAGAUUUUUGUGUGGCCUCUACUAUGGGAUAGAAACAAAAAGUUUCUCUCCUUGUUUUGCCUGAAACAUAUUUUUAAAGAACACAUGGCAGAAAACAUCUUGUCACCAACCACCAGACAACUUUUCUAUGAAGGAAAAUUAACUCUUGCAGAAAGCACAAGAUUCCUAGGUGUUUAUCUGUUUCUCUUUGAUGAUUUCCUCUUAGUUGUGAAAACUAAUUGCAACAAAAAGAAACUUGGAGGUUCAGGCACUGGUUUAAUGUGUCCUUCGCUUACUACUGAGCCGUGAACAAUAAUAAAAGAGGGUGGUUCGUGUAUGGUACUUGAUCAGCCCAUUCCACUAGACCGAUUGGUGGUCAAAAGUAUCGAUCCACUCCACAUGUCUGCGUUUGGGCUGAGAAAUGCUUUCCUUGUACAACAUGAAAACAGAUAUCGACGGUGUGUAGCAGUGUUCUUAUUCUAAACCCAAAGAGAAAACAUCCAAAAAACAUGGAUGACACAAAAAACAGCAGCGAUAUCUUGCUUCACCAGGAACCAGGAAACCAAGAAGAUAUCUUUAUUUACGUCGCCUGCAGAAUCCUCUGAAAUGUAG